GAACUGGCAACGGGGGCGGGGACUUCUUCCAACCUGCGCCUCUCCAACAUGGCUCCGCGGCUUUGCAGCAUCUCUGUGGCGACACGGCGGCUACUGGGUAGCCCAGGACCCAGAGCGGGGGUCGCUGCCGCGCCGGCUGCGGCUGCUGCCCGUUCCUAUUCCAAGGACAGUGAAGGCAGCUGGUUUCGCUCCCUGUUUGUCCACAAAGUAGACCCCCGGAAGGAUGCCCACUCUACCCUGCUGUCCAAGAAGGAGACCAGCAGCCUCUAUAAGAUCCAGUUUCACAAUGUGAAGCCCGAGUGUCUGGAUGCCUACAACAGUCUGACGGAGGCUGUGCUGCCAAAGCUCCACCUGGAUGAGGAUUAUCCCUGCUCGCUUGUGGGCAACUGGAACACGUGGUACGGGGAGCAGGACCAGGCAGUGCAUCUGUGGCGCUUCUCAGGCGGCUACCCAGCCCUCAUGGACUGCAUGAACAAGCUCAAAAACAACAAGGAGUACCUGGAAUUCCGAAAGGAACGGAGCUGUAUGCUGCUGUCCAGGAGAAACCAGUUGCUCCUGGAAUUCAGCUUCUGGAAUGAGCCACAGCCUAGAGCAGGCCCCAACAUCUAUGAGCUGAGGACAUACAAACUCAAGCCAGGAACCAUGAUCGAGUGGGGCAACAACUGGGCUCGGGCCAUCAAGUACCGGCAGGAGAACCGGGAAGCUGUGGGCGGCUUCUUCUCACAGAUAGGAGAGCUCUACGUUGUACAUCAUCUCUGGGCCUACAGAGACCUGCAGUCUCGGGAGGAGACUCGAAAUGCUGCCUGGAGGAAGAGGGGCUGGGAUGAAAAUGUCUACUAUACAGUCCCCUUGGUGCGACACAUGGAGUCUCGGAUCAUGAUCCCCUUGAAGAUUUCGCCUCUUCAGUGAUGCUGCUGUUACCUCCACCUCUUUCCCCUUCUCUCUCAGGGCAGCCUGGGGCAGAUGAACUUCUGGUCCUGCUGUAUUGGUUUUCUCUGGGCUCUGAGAGGACUCCAACAGGUAGAGAGAGUUCAGCUCAAAGAUGACAAGAUUUUGAGGAGUUACAGUUCUGUCCAGAACUUCCUACCUUCCCUGUCCACCUCCUUCCCUCUGCUGGAAGUAGUUUCUAAGUUCUCUGAAUGAAGAAUAGAAACCUUUUAGGUCUUGUCACAUUUCGCCCAUAAGAUUACUCAUCUCAAGGCCUCCUGUCCCCAGAUAUCACCAUGGAAAUCCUUGGUUUAGCUCAGUUGCACAGAAGGUAGGAUAAGUGUGGUUAGAGGUGGGGUGGGAAAGGAGGAAGUCAGACCAGGCAUGGCCCUCAAGAAUUCCCUGGUCUCCACUGGGUCACCCACUCGCUGGACAAGUAAGUCUGAGCCAGGUUCCUCUUGCUGAGAAAAAGCUUGGAACUCCCAUGAACCCUCAGCUGUCAAAGAGAUCCAGAAUUCUACCCAGUGAAGCUAAAGAAAAGGAUUGGAAUAGGGAGAAUUUGGGAGCAGGAAACACAUGGAACAGAAACCCAGAAGCUAGCACACAGAAUUCAGAACUUGAGUUUGAACUGCAGAAUUUGGAAUACAGAAUUGGGGAAUAGAACAGAAGUGACAGAAGACCCCUUGGGUGGUCUAGAUACUAGACAAAUGAAGAGAGGCUGAUUUCCCCUUACAUAAUGAGUUUGAAACUAGAAUAUGUAGUUCUGGCCUUUCUCCUGCCAGGUCCCUUCUUCCUGCAGGCAACACUACAGGCCAAGGCCAGUAUUUCCAUCACCUGCAUUUCUUCUUCUCCACCUGACAUUCUGUUAUCCUAACCCUCAUUUUCCAGAGCCAUGAGAUCUGGGGACCUCCUCAGUGAACCCUGGUCCCAAUACCUCAUGAACCCCUGGGUAGCUUGAUUUUGCCUCCCUACCAGGAAAACGUGGAGUUGCUUAUGGAACCAAUUAAAUAUUUACUAUAA